AUGGAUCAGCAAGCGCAACGCGGCCGGUCCCCAUCGGCCGGCCACCAGCUUCCUAUAAAUCAAUCGCCGUCGCUAACCCCGACCGCUUACCCUCCGAUCAACGACGCAUCGAUUGGACUCGGCCUCACCUUAGACCAAUCCAACUACCAGACACAGCAAGCUCCUACAAGCACCGACUUCUCUUACGGCGCUACUGGCUUCUUGACUCCUAAUCACCAGCAAGCAACCUUUGACCCCACGCAAACUUUGGCCCCUUCCGCCACCGACGGGAACUUGGCCUUUGCCGGCCAGGCACAAACCUCGCCUUACCUAGCCCCUUCCAACUUCAACGACGCUGGCGACUUCUCGCUGUUCCCCGUCACGAGCCAGGCAGAGCCCUUUGACCAACCUCUCUUUGAGCCUUCCACCCUCAACCCUUCCGAUAUCAACAAUAUGAGCUCCCCGCAGAUUAACCACUCCCCCACCCCUCCUCAUCUCCUCAAGCCCGAGCCCCACGGUUCGCCGGCCUUCAACCACCACCAGCACUUCUCCUCGCCUCCUUCGAGUCACUCGCGAAACGUUUCCCUUGGCCCGGAGGCCGCGCUGCUUCCUAACCACCUCAGUGAAUGGAGUCAGCCACAGUUCCACACCCAUAGGAGAUCCCCUUCGGAAUUCUCCGAGGUGUCUAGUGUCGCGCCCUCGCCUAACCUCGUGAGCCAUGAUGCGUUUGAAUCUGUUGAGGGUGCCCACUCUCCGAUGCAAAGGCCGCAAGAUGCCGGUCUUUAUCAAGAGGUACUCGGCAUCGGAACCUUUAGCCUUUCGGACCCCCAGCACAGCCCCAACCUCCACGGCCGGAGCCCUUCCCUGAGCCCGGCGAUCUCGCCCCGCAUCCUCCCGGCGCAAGGUCCGGAUCUGAGCCACGUCACGGGCGCCUUUGGUCUUGCUCAUGCACAGAACCCUUACGGAGCCAUGCCCACUCUCCAGAGUGAGGCCUUCCCCAAUCUGCAACCAUCCGGUGACCUUCCCCAACUCGCACCGCCUGCCAUCAACAUUGACUACGCGCCCACCUCUCAGCGUGCCAUCUUCGAUCCCCUAAGAACACGAUGGAUGCCGACUCUCUCACACCGCCUGACACUCGAGACGAUGACAGCCGCGAACAGGAGGCGACAGUCAACUUCUGCGGUGCCCAAUAACGUAAUUGCGCUGAGGCUGGCUGAUCCCGAGUAUCAGAAUGCGCAGGAUAGCGGGAACCCCAAGAGGGUGCAGAAACAUCCCGCGACGUUCCAGUGCACGCUCUGCCCCAAGCGAUUCACCCGAGCGUACAACUUGCGAUCCCAUCUGCGAACGCACACGGACGAGCGUCCGUUCGUCUGCACGGUGUGCGGCAAGGCGUUUGCCCGCCAGCAUGACCGCAAGCGACACGAGAGCCUGCAUUCGGGCGAGAAGAAGUUUGUCUGCAAGGGUGACCUCAAGUCCGGAAGCCAGUGGGGGUGCGGUCGUCGCUUCGCUCGCGCGGACGCUCUCGGCCGCCACUUCAGGUCCGAGGCUGGUCGCAUCUGCAUCAAGUCACUACUGGAUGAAGAGACACUCGAACGCCAGCGGCUCUGGCAAGAGCAGCGGAUGCAGCAGAACAUGGCGCACACCAUGGUCAACCAAGGGCCGAUGAUAGAUCCCACCACUGGCUUCGCGUUAGAUCCCAACGGCGGGUACGCGCUACCCGCUGCGCUUUUGGCCCAAUACCCUGCUCUCGCGCAGGUCAACUGGGGUGCACCGGACAUGAACAAUCCCGGAGCCGAUGAUGAACUCGGUGGCCGAUCUUCAUUCGACGCCAGCGAUUACGAUGAUGGCGACGACACCGGUUACAUCAGCGGCCACAGCGGUGGUUUUGGCGGAGAGGGCAGCGUUUCAGCCCAGGGCUACAGCGAGGUGGGAUACGCGAGCGACUACAGCCAGGGCCCACGAUAA